GUCAAAUUCACUCGCUGUCAUAAAAUUCACAAUAACAAAAAGUGAUUGAGAAACCGAAGGAAGAAUUUAAUAUUAAUUUCAUGAGAUAAAUAUCAAUCAAUAUGUCUGCAGAAGAGUCUUUUAAUAAAAGUGCCGCUGAAGCAAUAGUAGGAUUUCUUAAAUCCAAUGUGUCGAAAUCAGGGCAACAGAAUUUGGACGCUGAAUUAAAAAAAGUUUUUGUUCUUGCGAAAAAGCGAGGAAAAUCUCAAAAAAGAAAACCUAACAAGAAGAAAGUCCGGUGCCUUACAAGGGUAGAGAAGAGAUCAUUAGGUUUCUACAAUAUACCACGAAAUGAAGUGAAAUACAACGAUGUUGUGCCACUGAAUGAAAUCUGGCAAAACUAUAUGAAAGAUUUGCUAGAGUUAGACAAACCAGUACCAGAUUAUACGAGCAAAGCCUGGGAAACGUUCACUCAAACUCUAUUCAAAGCAGAUUUUCAUGGAAGCAUUUUAAAUGUAGUCAGAUCAAAAUGUCCAAGUUAUGUUGGUAAAUGUGGUAUUUGUAUUAUGGAUACAAGAAACACUUUCAAAAUUGUUUCUAAAGAUAACAUAACAACUACUAUUCCCAAGAGAGACUGUGUUUUUGAAAUGCAUCUGGGUACACAGAAAGUUACACUGUUCGGUAAACACUUGUGUGUGCGCCCUGCUGAGAGAUCAACAAAGAAAAUAAAGGGUCAUAUUCAUCCAGACUUAUAA